CGGGUGGCUGAACCUGACUGAAUCAUUCUCUAGAGAUAUUUUCUUUACCAAAAGUGAUUUUCUUUUUUUUUUCCUAGAAAUCCGGAUUUCUUGCCCUAACUCCUCGUACAGAGUACAAACCUAAGUCAAAACGUUAAUAACAGUUGUGUCUUUGCUCACCAUCUCUCCAAUCUUCUCAUAUCAGAUUCAUCAAAUCUAACAAAGAUUCCAGCCGAAAUUCUCCAAACCCAGAUCCAAAAAAACACAAGUAAGAUCCGCAGUUCAGACAGGGUUUUGAUCUAUAAUGGCAAAACAUUGAAUCAAAAAAGUCUUCAAGCUUUUCCUUUCGAAUGGCAAAUCCCCACAAAGGCAGGUUUUUUCUGUUCUUUUUUCUUUUCAUUUUCACUUCUCCACCACUUUCUAUAGUUUUUGUAAACUCUAAUUCUGUCUCCAUCCAAAAGGAGCAUGGACAUGAUCAGAUUCCUUACCAUGAACCUGAACUUAAGAGUUCACCUGAUUUUACGCCCCAGGAAGUUUUAUUGCAUAAACUUGAAGAAUUAAUAAGAAACCUUAGUGAAGUAGUUUCUAAAUUAGAAUCAAAAUUAUCAGAGUCUUCAAAAGUUGAUGACAGUCAUAGUGUUGACAGUUCAGGGUCAGGUUUUGGAAAGAAAGAUGAAAUUAGUCAACGAAAAUAUGAUGGUAAAGCUGAAAUUCAAGAGGUUGAAGCUAAAAAUGGGGAAAGAGGGAGGGCUGUUUCAGUUACUAAAUACAGUCCGUUUUGGUCUGAGAGGUUUCAAUUCAUGUCAGCUGUGAAACUAGAUUCUGAUGCAACAUGUAUAAACGUGUUGCCGUUUCGUGAUUAUGAAGGACUUAGCAAGUAUGUUGCUGUUGGGGAUGAAAGAGGAAGGGUUUAUGUGUUUUUAAGGAAUGGGGAUGUUGUGGCUGAGUUUUACACCAAGAGCGAGUCGCCAAUUAGGGCAAUGGUUUCCUACAUGUCUGUUUACAAGAAUGAGAGUAUUAUCGUUACAGGACAUCAGAGUGGUGUGAUCUUGGCACAUAGAAUUUAUGAAGGAUUAAAUGGAGAGGAGUUAGGCUCACCUGUAAUGGAAACUGUUGGUAAAUUUGUGGCUGCUGAAAGUGGGGAAGAUGGGUUGCCAAUAACUGCAUUAGAAGUUCAUCAUGUUGGAAGAAUGAGGUAUAUUUUGUCUACGGAUCUUAGUGGGAAAAUCAGGGUUUUUAGAGAAAACGGGAUACUUUAUGGUUCUGCCAUGCCGACAAGUAGGCCACUUGUGUUCUUGAAGCAAAGGCUUCUGUUCUUGACUGAGACUGGUGCUGGGUCAUUGGAUUUGCGAAGCAUGAAAAUUAAGGAAUCAGAAUGUGAAGGCUUGAAUCAAACUCUUGCCCGGAAUUAUGUCUUUGAUGCAACAGACCGGUCUAAAGCAUAUGGUUUUACUUCAGAUGGCGAUUUGAUUCAUGUUUUGCUGUUGGGCGAUAUUAUGAACUUAAAGUGCAGGGUUAGGUUCAAGAAAAAGUUGGAAAUGCGUGAGCCUCUUGCAUUUCAGGCUAUUAAAGGAUACUUGCUUAUUGUUGAUCCAGAAAAGGUUUUUGUGUAUAAUGUUUCUACCCUGCAUUAUGUCAGGGCUGGUGCACCACGGCUUCUUUUCUCUGCCACUUUGGAUGAGAUCAGGUCAUCUUUUUUAUCGUACCAAGUGAUGGAUACAAACAAAGAGAGAAGACUGGUGAUGCCCUUAAUAGCCAGCGAUCGUGAAAAACUUGUUGUUCUUGGCCUCGGAGGUGAGUAUGUUGGAAUAUAUCACUCUAAUCUUCCUGUUUUGAAAGGGGAAUCUAAUACAAUUUUAUGGACCAGCCCUGUGCUGUUUUUCAUACUUUUCCUAUUUGGGGCAUGGCAAUUCUUUGCAAAGAAGAAAGAGGCACUUACAUCAUGGGGACCAGACGACCCUUUUAGUUCCACAUCGGCUACAAAUGGAGCCCCAAUAGGAUCUAGCACUGGAGGCAGGUCUUUUAUGGAUUCUUCUUCAAGGGGUGCUGAUAUUGGGGACUUGAGAAGCAGCGGUCUUCGAGGACGAAGGUACGGAUCACCUUCUCGAUAUCCCGGUGGAGCAACUGGUUCUUUCAUGCCGAAUUCUGCUGAUCCCAGCUCUAGACCUGCUUCUGUUGAUCCCAAUUAUAGAGCUGCCCCAGAGCUAAAAUUUAGGGGUUCAACCCUGGAAUCUACCGGCUUUUCUAAAAGAAGAGAGAGCUUAUUUUUGAACAGCCAAGUUGUGGAUGACAACAGUUAACUCUUAAAACCAUUUGAGCUUUAACUUUUCUACUUGGGGUUCUUUUAGAUUGGCCUUUGGCUGUUCAUAAGAUAUUGUGAAGCCAUUUGAACCUGUCACGUUGUAUUUUUAAUUUUUAGUAACAGAAACAAAGUAUAAAUGCAAAAAUUUUAAGCAUUAACCCUUUUUGAAGGAGAGCUAAAAAAACCUGUCUGUUAUUGUCGCAUUUUGUGUUUAAUGUGCAGAUGGCAGAGGGGAGCAUUCUGUCCGCUGAAGUGCCUGUGUUUAUUGGUUUGAGGGAACUAAGUAAAUAUUUU